AUGCCCUCCAAAAAAUCUAAAUCGCCCAAGAAGAAAUCAGGUUCUAAAAAGAACAGUAAGUCACCUAAGUCAAGUAAAAAGUCCACACCCCCUGAGGUGCCCUACGUGUGGGUGAAACCUCAGCCACCACCUCCGCCGCCAGAUCCACCGAAAUCUCAUUGCCUCUGGAAAGUUCGACGUCAAGUUUGGUAUCCCUAUGCAAACCGAUUGCACUUCGAUUACAAAGAAUGGUACUGGUCCCCGUAUUGUCCCACGAUCACUAGUUGGGGUGAAAUUUGGGUAUCGGAUCCACAACAACGACGCAUUCAACGCUACAAGUUUGAGCCCGUGAACGGAAGGAUCACUCGGUUGCCUCAACCAAUCAUUACCAAGGGAGAACCAAGAAUGAUUAUUGAAAUCCCGAGAACCGGUCGGAUUGCUGCCCUCUUGACGGGCCCCAAUGCUCGUUCCACGGCACUCGUCCUUUAUGACCCAGAGAGCCUCAAAGAGGAGAGGAGGCUGAAUUUCAAGUAUGAGGCCACCGACCCAGCUACAAUACCAACAUCCACUUACCCGGGUAGCAAGUCACCUGAACCACGCCAGUACUCGCUUGCUGAUGAGUCUACACCAAUUGGAAUGUGUGCCAAUAUGCGGUUUCUGGUUGUCCUUUUUCAGCCUAUUCAACAGCUGAAAAUCUACAACCCCGUAACCCUGGCAUCCUAUAACACCACACUUGAAAAUGCCUUCCCCGAUGAGCGAACGUGCGUCCACCUUGCAACCUCGGGUGGUUGUGCUCUCUACAAGGACUACCUAUAUGUGGCUGCUACCAGGCCACCACGAGUCCAGGUCUUUCGAUUGAACACCAACGAAGUCCUCUCGAGGAUUGACGUCAUCAAUGUCGUAAUAUACGGGGAUUUAGGACUCGAUCGACUGUCCUUCGGUGAACCCUUUGGGCUGCAAGUGGAUACCUUUGGAAUCCUGGUCGUAUCUGAUUCUAAGGCCGGUUUCUUUCACGUUUUCAAUGUCAACCAGAGGACGCCCGGUCCCCUGGCGCCGUCCUUGGAGCACGGAUCAACCUGCUUCAUGGGCUCCUGGAAGAUUGACGCCUACCAACCCAUUCGGCCCGGUCACUUUGCUCUCUCUAAAAAUGGAUGUGCCUGCGUAGUGGACAGAUGGAACAAUAAGCUGCAUCUGAUAGCAGAUCAGACAGAACUCAGGUGGUAUGAUGAAACUUAUGGUAUUCUCGAGGAUGUACCGUUUGAUCGAGUAAUUGUUGAUCCUUUGAUGGCCUACAGCGGAUUGCCUGAGCCACCGGGGGCAAAUCCGGAGAAAAUGGGUCUGAGUCGUACGGUCAGCGCAAUAACAGAACCACUGGCUGAUGAAGUACUUUUACCGGAAAGCUGGAUUGCAAGAUACAAACGAAAGAGUCUGGCCCAACCAGAGCCGAAAAGUAAAUCACCAAAGGGCAAGUCAAAGGGCAAAUCGAAAAGUAAAUCGAAGGAUUCAAAAGGGAAGAAAAAGAGUUCCGGAAAGGGGAAAGGAAAGAAGUAG